AUGCUCAACCGCCAACGAGGCCCGCUAUCAAGGACUGAGCCCGCCCUUUCCUUCUCUGAGCACGUGUCCUCAGAGCACGUGUCCUCAGAGCACGUGUCCUCAGAACACGUGUCCUCAGAGCAUGUGUCCUCAGAGCAUGUGUCCUCAGAGCACGUGUCCUCAGAACACGUGUCCUCAGAGCAUGUGUCCUCAGAACAUGUGUCCUCAGAACACGUGUCCUCAGAACACGUGUCCUCAGAGCACGUGUCCUCAGAGCACGUGUCCUCAGAACACGUGUCCUCAGAACAUGUGUCCUCAGAGCAUGUGUCCUCAGAGCAUGUGUCCUCAGAGCAUGUGUCCUCAGAACAUGUGUCCUCAGAACAUGUGUCCUCAGAACAUGUGUCCUCAGAGCAUGUGUCCUCAGAGCAUGUGUCCUCAGAGCAUGUGUCCUCAGAACAUGUGUCCUCAGAGCAUGUGUCCUCAGAGCAUGUGUCCUCAGAGCAUGUGUCCUCAGAACAUGCGCAGUGGUGA